GGGUUUCUUGUGGGACGCGAGGAGCCGAAGCCUUUCUCCUCGCCCCUCCGGGCACGGAGCUCCUCCCCGCGCCGCCGCCGCUCUCGCCAUGCGGCUCCGGGUGCUGCUGUGCCUGCUGCUGCUGCACCAAGCGCUGCCGCACGUUACUGGACAGCCUGCAAAAAGUAAGCGUCCAAAAGAACAUGGGGAAAACAAAAUUAAGCCUGUUAACAAAAAAUUAAAACCCAAAAUCCCCAGAAUGAAGGAGAGAGAAUCUGCUGACUCCUCUUUGAAGUCCCAGUCCAUACUAAUGCAGAUGACGGAUAAAGGUCAUUUCCAGAAACUAGCUGCCACUUUAAGCCUGUCUGCAGGACAAAGUAUAGAACUGCGAUGUAAGGGCAGUAACGUUACUUGGGACUAUCCUUCAUACUUAGACACUUUCAAAGACUCCAGACUCAGUAUAAAGCAGCUGGACAGGUACAGUCAGCUGAUCCUCACAAACUCCACAGCAGCAGACACAGGUGAAUAUAGCUGCUGGCCUCAGCUGUGCAAUGGCAACAAAUGCAGGAAGGAUGAGACUAAAACAGGUUCAACAUACAUCUUUUUCACAGAUAAAGAGGAACUCUUUGUACCUACUCUCAGUUAUUUUGAUAUUGUCUACCUGAACCCAGAUAAACCUGCAAUCAUCCCAUGCCGUGUUACUACUCCUUCAGCAAAAGUAACUUUACACAGAGAAUUUCCAGCAGAAGAAAUUGAAAUAGAUGGAACUGACAUUAUUUAUGAUGUGAAGAAGGGUUUUGUCUACCAGCACCCUACUUCUGAUCAUAAAGGUAUUGUCUACUGCAAGGCAGAGUCACAGGGAGCACCUCAGAUUUCCAUCAAGUAUCACCUACUGUACGUGGAAGUUCCCAAGGGCCCACCCUCAGCCACAAUCGCGGCAUCAUCCACUAGAGCCGAAGUCGGUGACAACGUUCAUGUAAGCUGCACAGUUCUUGGGGAGCCAGAUGUAGAUGUGAACUUCAGGUGGCAGUACCCAGAGCAAGAGUCCAAGAGGCCUGUGAUUAUCCAAAACUUCUGGAGACUGAUAAACAGAGGAACUGGACAUACCACAAGAAUCUCGAAGAGUGUUCUUGUUGUUGAGGAUUUUGAAGCCAGAGAUGCUGGAAGCUACAAGUGUAUAGCUCAGAACCUACAAGGAGAAACAACAGUAGCUACUAAAGUUGAACUAAAUCGAUAGGAAAGGCUUCUGGACAUAGGAUGAAGUGUAUGUUAUUUGACAUUAUAGCCACUAAUUUUCUUAUUAAUGUUUAAAUGAAGUUUUCUCUAUCACUGUCUCUCUUUUUAUAUGUCAAUGCGUUCUGUAUUCACUAGCUUGGCAGGCCAAACCAGAGUUCCCUAUGCCCAACAGUAGUCAGUUGAGAGUAAACAAAACUACUACGAAGCAUUAAAAGUUUAAGCCUGCAUAGGACUUAUUAUAUUUAGGAAUAGGUGCUCUUUGGCUUUCCUUUGCAUAAGGUGCUUUUCCUCAAAGUCUUUCAUAAGGUUAACCUGCUGUAUGGUUUGUACCUUUUUUGUGUACGUGAAAACUGAGAGGAUAUUAAAAACCCUCAAAACCCCACCAGGCGGGUGUAUCUCCUAUGGUGCUGUACAGUUCAAGAAUACUGUACGUGUUUGUU